UCUUUCUCUCCCUCCUUCGCGCAACUCCCGAAUCUUCCCUUUCCUCCUUUUGUACUUCCGUCGCUCAUCCAUCCUUGUUCAUGGACGUUCCGGGCCCGGCCUCCAAAGACCGUCGGGGUAAAGCUCCGGACAGACCAACCAAACGCCGUAAGAUUGCUGUCGCCUGUGAUGAAUGCCGGACCCGCAAGGUCCGAUGCGACGGCAUCCAACCGGUAUGUGGGCCGUGCGUGAAGAGGUCCGAUCAGGGCGUACAGUGUGUCUAUACGGGGGAGCCGGAGAAGAAACGUGCAGUGCGAAAGUAAGCUGUUUGAUGGUGGCCGUCAUUGGCUGGGUUCAAUUACUAAU